AUGACAGUUCAGGUACAGACCGAGAUGAAGAGGUUGUAUGUAAGGUCUGUUUCUCGGUUCGAUCUCAGCAUAUUGAUAAAGACUGUGAAUAGAAAACGAGACCGUAUUAUCCUGGUACCCCCGCCAGGAUGUACCAGAUAUUACUGCCAACUUCCAUACACCCCCUCACACCACAGCUCUCCUGUACAACGCCUACACCAGCGAAACAAAGCUUAUCAGCUGGAUCGGUCAUCUCUACCUCCAGUAGUACCUGCCCGUCUGGUAACGGCCGUCUGUCACAGCUCUCCACCAAUCCUCAGGGGACCAGUCCUCACCCUUGAUCACGGAGCCGAUUUUAGUAAUCCUCAGUCGUCUGUGAGAUGUUUCCGUGAAUCUCAGCGCACUUUAGCUUUGCUUCUGUUCCAGUACCUGUCGUUGCGAUUCAGCCGGGGUUUGAGGACAUUGACGUCAAUCAUCUUCUGCUUGCAAAUGCUGAUGUACAUGGCCAUUGUGCUGUACGCGCCGGCACUGGCACUCAGUGCAGUGACAGGGCUGCCUCUGUGGCCAGUUGUGAUAGUGGUGGGAGCCCUGUGUGUUUUCUACACAACAGUUGGAGGUAUAAAGGCAGUGGUGUGGACAGAUUCUCUCCAGAUGCUGAUUAUCCUGGCUGGCCUCAUCGCUCUGCUAAUCCAAGGCUCACUGGAAACAGGAGGUCUGGCCAAUGCAUGGAGUAUAGCCAACGAGAAGGGCAGGAUUCGAAUUGCAGAUUUUAACGGGGACCCGACCAUCCGUCAUACGUUCUGGUCACUGGUGGUUGGGGGAUCGUUUACGUUUCUGGCCGUGUAUGGGACAAACCAGGCUCAGGUACAGCGGGCAUGUGCCUGUCCAACUCUGAAGAAAGCUCAGCUAGCUUAUUGGCUGAACGUGCCUGGCCUGGUCAUCGCAGGGAUGUUUUACGUUCUCAUCGGUGUGGUCAUGUUUGCCUACUACAGCACGUGUGACCCAAGCCUUAGCGGUAAAAUACAGUCUUUCGAUCAGAUCGUCCCCUUGUUUGUGAUGGACACCUUAGGCAGGUUCCCGGGAAUACCAGGGUUGCUCGUGGCUUGCAUCUUCAGCGGAGCCCUCAGCACAGUAUCUUCCGGGCUGAACGCCAUCACGGCUGUCAUAUUGCAAGACGUCAUUUAUCUGUACAUUGCCCCUAAAAUGAAAGAGAGCAGAGCCUCUGUGGUCGUCAAAAUUCUAGCUGUUGUGGUUGGAGCGGUUUGUCUGGGUUUAACCUAUGUGGCCUCUCUGCUGGGUAGUGUUCUACAGACAGCUAUUUCAUUGUUUGGCAUUAUUGGAGGACCAAUUCUCGGCGUCUUCACAUUGGGGAUGUUAUUUCCUUGGGCAAACAAAUACGGGGCGUGUGCGGGUUUGUUGUCCAGCCUAACGUUGACGCUGUGGGUGGGGAUUUCAGCACAGGUGUUUACACCUCCUAUAAAACCAGCGCCAUCUCCGCUCAGCAUUGUGGGAUGCGGAAACAACGUGACACUUCCCGUAUUUAACUCCACAACGACUGAGCCUGACCUGCUGGUACAGUUUUAUGGCGUGUCCUAUCAAUACUACUCUCUCAUGGCCGUCAUUACCACCACGGUAGUAGGACUAGCCGUUAGCGCUGUCACAGGUUUCACAAAACCCAGUUCCCUUAACCCUGAUUUGAUCUGUCCGGUGUUCGACACCUUCCUUCCUUGUCUUCCAGAGAAGAUACUAAAGCUACUCCGAUGUGGAGUUAAUAAAAAAGGAACCUACAGCGUUUCUGACCCCACGAAGGUUGCCGAUAUGGAAGUAGAAGUGUUACCGCCAAGGAAGACUGAUGCAUAGUGAUUAUGUCAUUCCUGAACCCCGUGUGAUGUAAAACAUACAUGAUCACGUUCACUUCCUUGACUCAUGUAGUUUGUGCAAGAAUCUUAAAGAGUGGCAAGGCCGGGUUGACAGCUGAUGUAUCGGAAAGGGAAAAAUGUUUUGCCCGUGCCAUGGAAGAUCGGAACAUCACAAGGCUGUUUAUCUGUUAAUUUUUAAAAUUGCUUAAUUAAUUUUUUGUGUUUAAUAUUCUCAUCUAAAAUUGUUUGUAGUAUAGAAUGCAGUAUAUUCAGUGGUGAUAAUGUAAUAAUGUA